GUUAAAUAAUUUGAAUGAUCAGUCGAGUUAGGGUUCAGUAUUAUAACUAAAUGAACAGACAAUGUAUUGCUUCAAACUUGUGGUGUUUUGUGCGACAAUCACUUAUUGCUCCUCAUUUACCAUCACUCCAACCAAAUACCCACCUAUUAGUCCAUCUGUGAAGUCACUCAUAGCUACCGUCCCUACAGUUUUGAGUCAAUGGAAAAAUGAUUUCAUUAACGACAAGGUGUAUGAAAUCAUAUCAUUUGUGGGCAAAGUUGGAGUAUUGAUCUAUUCAUGCCUAUCAAUCACACUGUUAUGCGAUUCAUAUUUUGUGCCGUCCCUUGAAUUCAUCGGAGAAUAUCUUCAUCUAUCGCCUGAUAUAACGGGUGCGCUCUUCACGCCGUUGGGAACCGCCGGACCUGAAGUCUUCUCCAGUAUUGUCGGUGCAAUCAUUGGUUCGGCGGAUAACAAAGUCGAGAUAGUGGAGGCCUCGAUGUUAGUCCUAUUGUUUGUGCUAAUUGUGGUGUUUCUCUACUAUAACGCGCAACUCAUGGAUAAACUAAAGGCGGCCCUCAAGAAGUCAAGUGUUGAGCACAAGAACUGCGACUGUCCUGAAGAGGAAUGCAAUGGCAACUGUUCCCAAGCCAUAGCAUACAAUGAGAAAACCCCAUUACUAUCGCCGCCCAAUGGGUUACAACGACCCCUUUCCAUACAAUACGCGCCCGGAUAUAAAGAGAUGUCGUAUGAGAUCCUGAACACCUCUUUGGAGACAACCAGUGAUAUGAGUGUCAAAUUGGAUGAGGAAAGUAAGGGCUCGUGUUGUGGCUUCCUGUACAGCGUGGUGAUGAGCCCGGUGCGAUUCCUCAUGUACCUCACUAUUUGCAAACCAACCCAAAAGCUAUUUGCUGUCACUUUUGUGCUGUCGAUUGGAUGGUUGGCACUGUUAUCCUACUUUACGGUCACAAAUGUCGAGUUUAUCAGCGACUACUUCUCAAUGUCGGAUACAGUGGCGGGGAUGACCCUCUUGGCGGUGGGCAAUGCUAUGCCUGAUUUGGUGACGAGUGUCAUAUUUGUCAAGAAGCGAGGGUUGGCUGAUAUGGCCAUCUGUGGUGCCAUCGCAUCCAAUCGGUUCGCAAUACUCAUAGGUCUGGGCUUUCCGUGGGCUCUCAAAUGUCUCACCAAUUGGGCCGUCAAUAAGUCCUACUUCUGGAACUACAUCCCACUCAACAGUAGUUCCCUUCCCUAUACAUCACUCGCCCGAGGCUUGACGUCCAGUAUUACAGUCAUAUCGCCGAACGAAUAG